AAAAGGGUAUAAUGUGUAAAGAUUUACAACUAUUGAGUACUCUCUGGAGCUAUCUUCGAUCACUUGACAAGCAAAUAAGUUUCUUAAUAUAAUAUAUUGGGUUGGGUAUUGUUUCCGAUGUUGUUGUUGUAGUCGAGUUUUCAAAUAAAGAAGCUGAACAAUUGUUAAAAUACUCCUUCCACAUAGCGCUUGAUGACGCGUUCACUCUCUUUUUUAAUCCAAUCAAAAUUUAGAAAUGCAACCAUUGAACUCGAGCAUUGAUAAAGCAAAACAUUUUUUUGUAGAGAGCGGGAUCUUAGGAUCCGUUAACUUUAAAGAUUCGCAUGACCUGAUUCGGAAAACGUCUACCAUUCACAUAGACGCAACUCUUAAGAAUAAGAUACGUAAAACAUCACUGGGUAUGCGAUCGAGGGUAUUUAGCGAAAAAAGUCCAUUGAACAGUUUUGACGAUACCCUUAUAAAUCUUCAAAACGAAAUUUUGAAAAUAAGUGAUUCUUUAGUCUAUGGCGAGACUAAAAUCAUACUACUCCGUACCGAAAUUGGCAAAUUAAAGCAGGAACUACAAGCAAUAAUGAAUGACCAGAUGAACGCUUUUGACUACUCUGAUGAGAUGAUCACGAAAAUUAUAGAUUCAACUCCGAAUCUUUGUUUGUUUUGCAAACCUAAUAGUUUUAUAAAAGGAUCGCCGAGCUUCAGUUCUUUUAACAAAAACAUUUUAAAGAAAAAAUAAUAUGAAACAAAAAUUAGCUCAAAGAAAAAAACAACAGCCUGUAUAAAUGCCACGGAGAGUAUUUUAUAAUUGGUAUUUAUAAAUAAAAAACCAUUAUCUUUUCCA